AUGCCACCAAAACCCACAAACAACCCUCGCCGGCCCCCUACCAUCUCCACAGCCUCGCGCCGCACCGCCAUUCCCAUCGACAGCGCUUCACCCACGCCCACGCCCACGCCCGCAAUUGCAAGUGCAGACCCAACCAACCACCCCAUAGACCCAAGCCUCACAGCGCUUCGUUCCCGAAAUGUCCCCUCUCCCUCUACCAUAACUGCCAGCGGCUCACCACCCCGCGCCGGAGUCCAACGUCUCCAAUCGCUAAAAAAGCGCACCCCGGCCGGCUCCCUGAUCCCGCUAAACCCAGAUGGCACAGCACCUAAACCAACCCUACGCUACCAGCCUCGCGCGGUAGUGCGGAAGAGUAAAGAGGAACGCGAGGCGUUGGAGAGACUUGAGGUGGAGAGGCAACAGGAGAGGAUGAAAGAGGCUGCUGCACUGAGGAAGGCUGAUGCGGCUGCGGCGGGGAGGGGUAGAGAUAGAUUGGUGAGAGGGAGAGGGAGGGGUAUGGGGAGGGGGAAAGGGAUGUUUGUUGCGGGUGAUGUUUCAGGGCCUUUAGGGUCCGGAAUGUCGAUGCGGAGUCGAGGGGGUGGGUUUGGUGGGGCGUCGGGGAAGGGAAAGCAUCGGUAUGGGCAUGGGGCUAGAUCGGGUGCGGGGAGGGUUCAUGGCCUUGUGCGGGCGAAGAGUGAAGAUGAGGUUGGCGGGAUAGAUGGUCCGGGUGGGAGUGGGGAUAUUUCGUCUGAUGAAGGGAGUGACGGAGGGCCCAGGUUCAGUAUCGAGCAGAUCAAUAUCAUUAGCGAUGAUGAGCAGGAGUUGGGAGAGGAGGGUGAUUUUGAGGAGGGGAAUGGGAAAGGGAAAAUGCGUGCUCGAUCGCCCACAGGCGAUCGUACGGGGAAGGGGCUGAGGCCGGUUCGAGUUGAAAGACAGGAGCACCAGGAGAGGUCGAUUGGGAUCAAUACUGAUGCUAGCUCGGAGAAGUCUGCUGAGUUGAGAAAGCAGGCCAGAACGAAGGUGAAGGAAAAGCACGGCGGGGUGGAGAGUUUGUUUGUACAAGACAGCGAGGAAGAGGCUGAUGAUGCUCGUGGGGGUGAAGGUGACGAUUUGGUAGAAAUAACUUCCGAGAAAGCAGUUGGUGGUACAUUAUAUGGAGGAAUACGAAUUAAGGAAGAGCCUACGGAUGACAGAGAUGUGCUUAUGACCGACGUCAUACCGCAAGGCGUGGACGACCGUCCUGCGACCUCUGAUACUGGGCCUCUAGCACCCACCGCCCCAAAGCCGAAAGCUAGAAAAAGUAAAGUUACUAUCCAUGAUCCGCGGAGCAAACUGCAGACAGAGGAAGAGCGUCAGGAAUGGGACCGUCACGAGCAGGAUAUAGAGCAUAUCAAGCAGGCCUUGGGGACAAUCACCACUCACGACCCGCCUGCGGAAGAGUCACAAGACGCAGAACAGGAAGAUGAGACAAAAGCAGUUGAGGCACCCAGGGACGAACGUUCUGGGCGACUCUUCCUCAUUCAGUUUCCGCCCAUGACACCCAAUCUCGUCCCGCCGUGGCCGGAUAUGGAUGAGAUGGACCAAGACGUAGUUGAAACAGGCGCACGCGCAUCAACGCAACAAUCUCCUAAUCCCACAAUUAAGAAAGAGGUCACCGACGGCCUGACCGCCCCAAUGCCCACCCUUUCCGGCAACGGUACGGUUACUCCCUCCCCGUUAAUCACGGCCACAAACUCCACUCUCCCACCAGGGCGGGUGGUUCUGAGCUAG